CCAGCUCCUCCGUCCGCAACUCCGCCAGACAAACAGCUCUUCUCCUCCCCACCAGAAUGCAUGAGAGUUUAAUUCCCGCUCUCUGCGACCAUGUAUUGCCAGAAGUGUCGGACUCCCUUGAAGCUGGAUGGCUCUCUCGAGUCGCUCAACCCCGCCGCCUUCGACUUGCUGAUCGACCAUGGCAGUAAUACGUCAGCGCGACCUCAUUAUCCUCAGGAAAGACGAGAGCUCUACGAACGGGCCUCCAAGCAUGCUACAUCCCCAGUAUAUCGAAGAUCGAUCCCAGCUCCCCGCCAGGCGGGUAGUAACCCGACAAAUCCUCCGAGAAUGGGACGGGGUGACAGUGGCAAUAUGUCCUUCGUUAUGCUCACAGAAUCUCAAGUGGGACCGCCGCACGGAGUCUCCGGGACCAACGGCGAAAGCCCAUCGAAGAGUAAACCGCCGGUUAGCACCCAGACUAAUGAUCGAGGGUCGGACGAGGCAUCGUUCGCCGAUCAAGUCGAACGAACAAGCCGGCUAUUUGACAUCAUCUCCGCGCGCUCCGACAUCGACCAUCCCAUCUGUACCGAAUGCACGGAGAUGCUGGUGGAUGGGUUGCAACAACGGCUGGUCGAUGCAACCAAAGAGCGGGACGCAUACAUUUCAUUCUUGCGAAAUCUGAACACCUCGGUGCCGACACAUGAGGAACUCGAGGCCGCCCAAAAAUCGCUGAAGGAGACUUUAGACGCGGAGAAGGCUGCCUUCGAAGAGCUCCUUGCGUUGGAACAAGAGAAGGCGGCAUUGGAUGAGGAAAUUGCCGGGCUGGAGGAAGAGGCUCGCCUAUUGGAUAUUGAAGAAGAGAAGUUCUGGCGCGAUCGCAACGCCUUUACCUUGACGCUCUCAGACUUCCAAAACGAACGCGAUGCGUUGAAUAUGAAAUACGACCAUGAUUCCCGUCAGCUUGAACGACUACAAAGGACCAAUGUGUACAACGACGCCUUCUGUAUCGGUCACGACGGUUACUUUGGAACAAUCAACGGACUGCGGCUUGGUCGAUUGGCCAACCCCUCGGUCGACUGGCCCGAGAUUAAUGCUGCUUGGGGCCAGACGGCCCUCCUUUUGGCAACUAUCGCCGAGAAGUUAGGUUUCCACUUUCAAGGGUAUCAAAUUAAGCCCCUGGGGUCCAUGUCUAGGAUUGAGAAGAUCGAACAGUCUCGACCAUCCCCGGCUCAGUCAGCGCUGAGUGGAGCAAACGCCAUCUCAACCGCAACGCCCAAGAUCACCACUCUUGACCUGUUCUCUUCCGGCGAGCUGCCAUUAAAUCUCCCCUGGCUUCACCGCCGGUUUGAUGCAGGAAUGGUGGCGUUUCUGGAAUGUCUACGCCAACUAGCCGAGUUUGUGGAGGGCACACCAGCGCCGGCUCCCUCAAGUCGCCGGGGUCACGCCCAUACCACGGUGCCCGGCCUGAAGCUCCCGUAUGAAAUCAAGCGCGAUAAGAUCGGCGAUGCCAGCAUCAAGCUUGGCUUCAACCAGAACGACGAGACCUGGACGCGUGCCUGCAAAUACACCUUGACCUGUUGUAAGUUUCUGCUGGCGCAUGCGAGCAACGUUGCAAGUGCGGGCUCCAGUAAUGCUGCUGCCGUAGCAGCCGCCGCAGUUGCAGCGGGCGAGCAAGCCGGGAUGCCACCGGCGAGCCCUACUAAGUGA